AUGGCUGAUGAGGGUCUUCAUCCCCCAGAGCACCCUUGGUACCACAACGGUCCCUUGAACACCUACGAUCACGCUGCUAUCCGUCGUGGCUACCAGGUUUACAAGGAGGUCUGCUCCGCCUGUCACUCUCUUGAUCGUAUCGCCUGGAGAAACUUGAUUGAUGUUUCCCACACCGAGGAUGAGGUCAAGGCCAUGUCCGAGCAGGAGGAAUAUCAAGAUGGACCCGAUGACAAUGGUGAUAUGUUCCAGAGACCCGGAAAGCCUUCUGACUAUAUGCCCAGACCCUACCCCAACGAUGAGGCUGCUCGUGCUGCCAACGCUGGUGCUCUUCCCCCAGAUUUGUCUCUUAUGACCAAGGCUCGUCACGGUGGUGCUGACUACGUCUUUGCUCUUUUGACUGGUUACGUCGAUGCUCCCGGAGGUGUUGAGGUCCGUGAGGGUCUUAACUACAACCCUUACUUCCCCGGUGGUGCUAUUGCCAUGGCCCGUGUCUUGUUCGAUGGUGUUGUCGAGUAUGAGGAUGGUACCCCUGCCACCACCUCCCAGAUGGCCAGAGAUGUCUCCACUUUCCUUGCCUGGGCUGCUGAGCCCGAGCACGAUGAGCGCAAGAAGAUGGGUAUGAAGGCAACCGUCAUCCUGACCGGUUUGACCAUCUUGUCUAUCUACCUCAAGCGUUUCAAGUGGGCUCCCAUCAAAUCUAGAAAGAUUGUCUACAAGUAA